AUGGCAUCUGUAUUAUCAAAGAUGGGAUUUCUAUUUUUGGAGCAGGGCUUCUCCAAGUUGCUGGUUCCCAUUUGCAUUUCAACCAGUGUAUGUUGUAGUGCUUCAGGAUUUGUUUACCAGACAAGAGGCUUGAAGCAUGGGAGGGCAAUUGUAGUGUCUACAUGUGCUGCUGUGGCAUCAAUCGUGACUGGUGUUCUUGCUGGUAUGCUUGCCCUGGGUGAAAGAUUGCCGUCAGCCCCAAUGGCUCGUCUCUCACUUUUGCUUGGAUGGUAA